AUGGUUCAGAAUCUCUAUUCGGUUCUUUCGACUAAAGCAGGUCGGCGAGUUACCGAAGCCUUCAACAUUCUCAAGAGUAAGCCCUUUCACCAGGCUCUCAUUCAGUUUCAUAACGCCUUCGUCCAAACUCACAAGAAGAAGUUAUAUAUCAUGCGCAAUAUGCAUUCUAGCCGUGAUGCCAAAGAGUUCGCAACAUAUAUAGUAAAUAAAAUCACCGACAAGCAGGCUAAGACCCAGGGUCAGCCGGAUACGGACCCCAUUAAACAGCAGGGUGUUAUUAUUUCCCACCUGCAAUCUAUCACUCCAGCUCUUAAAACUGAUCUGUAUAUCCUUCUCAACAAAAACAAAAAGCAGAAUGAUGGAGGCGCCGAGCUCAAGUCUAAAGGCAAGGUCAAACGGGGCAAGGCUAAAGGGAAGGGCAAAGGAAAGGCUAAGAACACACGGGAGGAUGACGAAGAAGGCAUGGAUGAGGAAAAUCAUGAGGAUGGUCAUGAUCACCAACUUACUGCCGCUGGUGGCGCCAUGUCGUCUCGCCAACAAUCUGAGGCACACAGUCAUGGCAGUGGUGGCUCACGUCAUUCUAGCCACAUUGCGCAAAACCGGGAGAUUUCUGCCUCUAGUGCACUUGAUGCUUCGCAGCACUCGCAACACUCGAACACCACCAUCCAGCGACGGCGAUCAAAGCAGCAGACUCGGUUCGCAGAUGACAUUGAAGACUCUGAUCUCGAGUGA